CCGGGGUGCCCGCGCCGGCCCCGCUCGCCGUGCUCGUCCCCGCGUAGCAGCCUGUUUCCGCCUCAGCCCGGCCCGGCCGCUAACAUGGCGCUGUCCAGCGACCCCCAUUUCAAGAAGCUCGUAGAGUGGCACAAGGCGAACGCCCCCAAGCUCGUCCUGCGGCAGCUCUUCGAGGGCGACAAGGAUCGCUUCCAGAAAUUCAGCUUGACUCUGAAUACUGAUCAUGGGGAUAUCUUACUGGAUUAUUCAAAGAAUCUUGUUACAGAAGAAGUAAUGAAAAUGCUGAUGGAACUGGCAAAGUCAAGGGGUGUGGAAAGUGCCAGAGAGCGAAUGUUCAGUGGAGAGAAGAUCAACUUCACUGAGAACCGAGCUGUGCUUCAUAUUGCUCUGAGAAAUCGCUCCAAUGUGCCAAUACUUGUAGAUGGGAAAGAUGUUGUUCCAGAAGUAAACAAGGUGUUGGAUAAAAUAAAACACUUCUGCCAGAAAGUCCGUAGUGGUGAAUGGAAAGGCUACACUGGAAAGGCAAUAACUGAUGUAGUCAAUAUUGGCAUUGGUGGCUCUGACUUGGGCCCUCUGAUGGUAACUGAAGCCCUGAAGCCAUAUUCCAAGGGAGGCCCUCGUGUUUGGUUUGUAUCCAACAUUGAUGGUACUCACAUAGCUAAAACCCUGGCUGAGCUUAACCCUGACACUACACUCUUCAUCAUUGCAUCAAAGACUUUCACCACCCAAGAAACUAUCACCAAUGCAGAAACGGCCAAAGAGUGGUUCCUACAUGCUGCUAAUGAUCCUUCUGCUGUGGCCAAGCAUUUUGUUGCCUUGUCUACCAAUGGUCCUAAAGUUAAAGACUUUGGAAUUGACCCAGAGAACAUGUUUGAGUUUUGGGAUUGGGUUGGUGGCCGCUAUUCUCUGUGGUCAGCUAUUGGUCUCUCCAUUGCCCUGCAUAUUGGUUAUGACAACUUUGAGAGCCUGCUUGCAGGAGCCCACUGGAUGGAUAAUCACUUCCACACUGCUCCACUGGAGAAGAAUGUGCCAGUUCUUUUGGCCAUGCUGGGAGUCUGGUAUAUAAACUGCUAUGGAUGUGAAACCCAUGCCCUUCUGCCCUAUGACCAAUACAUGCACCGCUUUGCUGCCUACUUCCAGCAGGGUGACAUGGAAUCUAAUGGCAAAUACAUUACCAAGAAAGGAUCUCGUGUGGACUACAGUACUGGCCCUAUUGUAUGGGGAGAGCCUGGCACUAAUGGACAGCAUGCUUUUUACCAGCUCAUUCAUCAAGGAACUCGCAUGAUUCCCUGUGACUUUCUGAUCCCAGUCCAGACCCAGCAUCCAGUCAGAAAUGGUUUGCAUCAUAAGAUCCUUUUGGCCAACUUCCUUGCUCAGACUGAGGCCUUGAUGAAGGGAAAGACUCCUGAUGAAGCUCGUAAGGAGCUGCAAGCUGCAGGGCUGAGUGGAGAUGCUCUGGAGAAGCUUCUUCCCCAUAAGGUCUUUGAGGGAAAUCGUCCAACCAAUUCUAUUAUGUUUACAAAACUCAACCCAUUCACUCUGGGAGCUAUCAUUGCCAUGUAUGAGCAUAAGAUAUUUGUUCAAGGAGUUGUCUGGGAUAUUAACAGCUAUGACCAGUGGGGAGUUGAGCUUGGAAAACAACUUGCCAAGAAAAUUGAGCCCGAACUGGAGUCGGAUGCUCCAGUGACAUCUCAUGAUAGCUCAACAAAUGGGCUCAUUAAUUUCAUCAAAAAACACAGAGCCUGAAAUGAAAGACUCGGAGGACAUCGACAAUCUAACCACCGAAUACUCAAAUCUGUUGUAGUUGUGCUUUUUUCAGCCACUUUUAACAAAAAUAGCACUUUACAGAAGUAGCUUCUUCACUUGUUGCAGUUAAUCUUGUUGUGUCAAGCGUUACAAAUGAAAACUAGUUUUGUGAAACCCAGAGAAUGUAUAGUUGCUUUCUAUUUUUGUGGUUGUUAAUCCAUAAAGUGCAGCUGGUACGUUCCUCACUUCUUGUUCCUCAACGCCCUUAAAGAUGAUCACAUACUGAUAUUAGAAAAUAAAAGAUAUGAUGGAUGAGUAAAACUUACUCACUUUAUCUUUAAAAUGCAGACCUAAUAACCUUUGUCUCACUGAUUGUGUAUAAGAUCCUCUGAAGCAAAGUAAACUAACUUUUGUCUGGCAUGUCAUUGUCUUUCUGGACUGGUUCUGCUCUAAGCCUGAAAAACUAGAAUGUAUUCAAAGAAUCAAAUAACUCACAAUUUUAAAUUGUUUGGAUCACAUAUUAUGCAUUUGAUAAAGACACUGAUUUUUUUUUUUUUUCAGUGGUACUGUGAAAAGUAAAGUUUACUACUAGAGGUA